AUGCCUCUACCACUCGGUAAAACCGUCAAGGCCCGCGCAGCCGACGAAGACGACUACGAAGAAUACUCGGGAGAUGAUUCGUCGCCAUCUGUCAUCGAGACUGGCGAGAACGAGGCCGACGAAAUUUUGAGCUCUUCAGAUGAAGACCAAGAGGAGGAUGUCAAGGACAAGCUGAGCAACAUCUCAUUCGGCACGCUAUCGAGAGCACAAGAGUCAAUUUCGAAGAAACGCAAGAGGCCUGCUGGAGGCGAUGAUGAGAAGGAAGACAAACUUGAAGCUCUGCGCGCCCGCCUGCGAGAGCUGAGAGAGGCCAGCGGUGUCGAAAGCGCACCCAAGAAGAAGAAGAAGGACAAGAAGGAGGAUGGAAAGUCUACAACAAAGCCGGCAGCAAAGAAGUCACGGACGACCAAGAACGACAGCGACGACGACGCUUCAGAUGGUAGCGACAGUGACUCGGACGAGGAUGGCGCACCACACGCCCGUAGCUCCAAGCACGCUCCCAUGUCGCAAGUAUCCAACAGACAGGUCACUCGCAAACGCCAGGUCAUUGAUGUGCCCAAGCGACAAGUUCGCGAUCCUCGUUUCGGCCCGCUAGGUGGUCCCGUAGACGAUACCGAAAUCUCCAAGAAAUACUCCUUCAUCAACGACUACCAAGACUCGGAAAUGGCCGAGCUCAAGGCCGCCAUCAAGAAGUCUAAGAGUGAAGAUGACAAGGCCGUUCUCAAGCGCAAGCUGCUCAGCAUGGAGAGCAAGAAGAAGGCACGCGAGAACAAGGAAAGAGAACAGGAAGUCAUACGCGAGCACCGCAAGAAGGAGAAGGAAGCCAUUGCACAAGGCAAGAACCCCUUCUACCUGAAGAAGUCGGAGCAGAAACAACAGGCCUUGGUCAACAAGUUCGACAGCAUGAAGUCCAAGGACAGAGAAAGACUCAUCGAGAGACGCAGAAAGAAGGUCUCGCAGAAGGAGAAGAAAAUGAUGCCUGCUCCCAGACGCAUGUAG